AAAGCAAAACUCAGUUAGUCUCCUUCAACUCCUUCACUCUCACAUAGAUUAUUUAUGUUAGCUCCCCCGCACUAUAUAAACCCCCAUCCCUCCCCUUAGCCCGCCCGCCUCAUGUUUCCUUCCACAAAUCAGUUUCCCAGAAACCAAACAACACUCUCUCCCUUAACAAUUUCAACACGCACGCUUCCCACACAUCAAAAACCAACAGCCGUCGUCAACAAACAGAUGGCUCUAAUCUCACAACUCUAUCCCACCACCGCCGACUCAUCCGCCGCCGCCGUCUACUCACAACUACUCGUCCCCCAACAAAUACAGGAGAAAGUGAAAGCGGGUCGACGAAGGAGGAAGAAGAACAAAGGAGGAGAUGGGUCGGGUUCGUCGGGGAGCGGGUGGGCGAAGAAGAGGAAGCUGAGCGAGGAGCAGGUGACGAUGCUGGAGCUGAGCUUCGGCAACGAGCACAAGCUGGAGUCCGACCGCAAGGACAGGCUGGCGGCGGAGCUCGGGCUCGACCCUCGCCAGGUGGCGGUUUGGUUCCAGAACCGGCGCGCUCGCUGGAAGACCAAGAAGAUGGAGGAGGAAUACGCCAAGCUCAAAUCCGCUCACGAUCACAACGUCCUUGACAAAUGCCGCCUUGAGUCCCAGGUAGUUUUGAAGCUGAAAGAGCAACUAUCCGAGGCCGAGAAGGAGAUCCAGCGGCUGUCGGCGGAGCGUGCUGACGUGGCGGCGGCGGGCAGCAACAGCCCGAGUUCUUCCAUGACGAUGGAAGCCAUGGAGUAUCCGCCGUCGGCGUUUCUCGGAGGAGUCGGAGGAGAUAUGUUUGGAGUUGUUGAGAGCUAUGAAGAUGAGUUCUACUACAACAUGGCGCCGGAGGCUGCUUACGCCGUUAACGGGAUGGAAUGGAUAUAUAUGUGAAAUAUUAUUUCUACUUAAUUACUCUCCAAAAAUGUAUUAAUUAAUCGAGGGAUUAAGUAUUUGACGUAAUUAACGUUCAUUAGUAAUUAUUAUCCAAGUAUUUCUAGGAUAUAUAUAUAUGUCAUUGUAGAUAUAGCUAUAGCUAGCUACCAACUAAUUGUACUGAUCAUGAUGCUGAUGAGAUGUUGAUGAUCUCUCUCUCUCUCUCUCUCUCUCUCAUGUAAAUAUUAAUUAUCUCUCUCUCUCUUCUCGAUGGAUCGUACCCUUGUAGUAAUUAACAUAGUAAUUAGUGUUCUCUAAUCUUAAUUGCCUUUCUCCUCCUUUCUGGUUUGUACAUGUGAUUGCGUGGGG